GUAAUUCACAUUUGUCAUAUUUCUUGAUGAUUUUCUUUAUAUUGUAAAGUAGGUUCACGUUAGUUCAAUGUUUUAUGUUGCCAGUUCAGGUGUAUGUGAAAAGUGUUUGAAGUUAAUUCAGAAAUCCGUGUGAAUAAAUUAUGUUUCCCGAAUGUAUAAUCAGAGCCAGUGAAACUUGCGCAUCAUGGCUUGUUCAAUUUAGAUGAAGAAAUGCGGUAACAUUGUUUUUGAAGUAUGUUUGAUAACUGGGAUAAAUUUAGUUUUCUUACUAGUAAAUCACUAAAUUAUUAUACGAUAGAAAAUGUUUCAAGUAAUUAAUUUGAGUAUGGUAUACUCUGCUAUAAAAUGGCACAAAGUUCGAGUAUAUCAAAAUAUGUUUGGGAUUGUCCAUUCAGUACAAGAAAGCAAAAACCACUAUGAAGUUCAGUGAAAUAUGUCGCUUAUGCCUGAGCACCAAAAGAUUGUUUCUGCCUCUUUACAACACUCCUGGAAAUCUUCAAGAGAAAAUUAACACGAUUUCUUCAAGAGUAGAGGUCAUUGUUGGAGAUGGUUUGCCUGCCCAGGUAUGUCAACAGUGUGCUGAAAUGGUCAAUACUUGCUACAACUUUAAACUGCAGUGUGAGAAGUCAGAUAUGACAUUGAGGCAUUAUGUUAGCAGUCAUUCUCAGUGUGAACAUGAAGUUGAAGGGUGUUUCAGGCUUCAGGAGACAGAAAAUUGUGCUAUUGAUGGGAAGCAAAAUAUGAACUGUGAGAAUUAUAUUGAUGCCACUGCUGUCUCUCCAUUAUGUGAGAGAAACCUGACACUGGACUGGGGUAUGACAUGUAAAAAUUUGCAAUGCAGAAUUAGACAAGAAAACUGUGUGAGUGAUCUUCAGUCAAAGAUGUCAGAAAAUGAGAGUAAAUCAUCUGUGUGUCUAUCAGACAUGUCUGUCAGAAACAUUCAGGAACUUCCAACAGUGGAUAAGUCUUUCAGUGAUGACAGUACUGCUUCAUCAUCAGCUAUUGACUCCACACCUGAAUUCAAACACAAAGAGGAUACACGAAGAAGAUUGAGCUCCAAGAAGUCAAAGUCUAAGUUUUGUCUGACAGCUCCUUGGGGAAAGGAGCCAAGAUCACUUGAGUCAUACAACACUUAUGUGAAUACUAAGAAAUCAAACAAUAAAGAAAGUGAGUCAGUUCAGAAACAGGAUGUUCAUUCUCUGGGAAGUGGAAGAGGAAAUGUAACAUCUACAGAUGUUAGCCAUAGGCUAGUAUCAAAUAUCUAUAUACAGCAAGCAGUAUGUUAUGGAAAUUCCAGCAGUUACAGAAAGACAUUUGGGAACAUUUCCAGGGCAAAGCCUCACAUUACUUUACCUACGAAGUACCACAAAUGUGGAGUAUGUGGGAAGUCAGUACAAAAGUUGAAUUUGCACAUGAAAAUGCACACUGGUGAGAAACCAUAUCAGUGUUCUGUUUGUGGUCAGCGUUUUAUUCAGAAAGGUAGUCUGCAGAAACAUAACACACUACAUACAGGAGAGCGCCCUUACAGUUGUACUCUUUGUGGUAAAACCUUCAGGUGUAAGUCUGAUCUAAAUCAGCACAUUAAGUUACAUACAGGGGAUGCACACAAAUGUUCCAUUUGUGAAAAGGAAUUUACAACUCGUCAAAAUUUGGAUAGUCACGUGAGGACUCAUACAGGAGAAAAGCCAUAUCUGUGUCAUACUUGUGGUAUACAUUUUACACAAAAGGGGGCAUUAACUAAGCAUGGCAGAAUCCACGCUAAUGAUCGUCCCCAUCAGUGUUCUGUUUGUAACAAGGGGUUCAUUACUCAAAGUGCACUUAACCUCCAUUUUAGAACUCACACUGGGGAGAAGCCGUACACAUGUGCGACGUGUCAGAAGUCUUUCACAGACCGAGGAUAUUUUAUGCGACAUCUUAUGAUACAUUCCGGUGAGAGGAGCUUUGUGUGUUCCGUGUGUGGUAAGGCAUUCACACAACAGAUUAGUUUGAAGCGACAUGUAAGGCUUCACACUGGGGAGAAGCCUUUCCUAUGUGUGCUGUGUGGGGACAACUUUGCCUUGAAACGUGAUCUGAAACGACAUACAGAAAGAGUGCAUGAAGGGAACAAAUGACUUGAGGCUCUUUAGUCUGUAUAUUAUUUAGUUUGUGAGGUCGUUUUCAAAUGUAUUCUUAUUGUAAAACAGGGUAGUUUUGUAAACAUUCUAAAUGGAAAGUCUGUGUUGGAAUCAAAAUGCAAAGGCAGAAUUUAAUACUUUCUUUUUCAUAGUAUUUUUAAAAUAAAUGUGAUGUAAUACUUUAUUUAAUGUUGUCCCACAUAAUACUGAUUCAUUCUUUCUGCUCAAACCAAUUUUUGUAUGAAAUGGUUCAGGAGAAAAGCUUAAGGCUUGUCAAUAACUACUAGAUGCUUUCUUCAUGUCUUUAGAGGAUGAGUCAUAACUGGGCCUAUUGUAAUGCAUGUAUACCAUAUCUCUUGUACAUAUUUUGUAUGACAUUUUUACACACUUAUGCACUUAUUUGCAUUCUGUAAUAUUAUUUGAGUAACCAAAUAAAACACCAAUUUUUGAAAAUGGUAA